GGGCCAUACCAAUAGGGGAAAUAUUCUCAUGAACCCCGUGAAAUAACGAUCGGCUGACCAUGUCACCGUUCACCGUUCAGCAUGAUGAGGACAGAGGGGCCCAGUCCAAAAGCCAACAAGAUUAGCUGUACCGGUUGUCGGGCCGUCAAGUGUAGAUGUAUCUCAGAUGGGGAUACCACACAGAAAUGCAGGCGGUGCGUGCGACUCGACUUGGAAUGUGUCUUUCUGCCGCAUCAACGAGGCAGACGCAAGGGCGCAUUGAGUCGACGACCGAGUGGAGCAGUCCAAGGUAAUCCGGAUGUCACUGGCCAAGCUUCUGCACCUCCGUCACCUACACCAGCGUCGAAUACAGACAACGACAAGCACAAUGAGGACGAUGGAGCCAAAGAGAAGCGUCUUGGUGCCCCGGCCAGCUCAGUCUAUCAUGCCGUGGCGGACCGAACGACGUUCUCCAUUGCAGGUGUAAUGGAACGGAAUAAAACUACUCCUACAUACUCUGGCUCCAGCCCAAGAUCAGUGGUCAGCUUCCAGAACGAUCCCGUUUCGAUCAGACUGCUGUCCAUGGAUGAGGCAGACUCUUUGUUUCACCAUUACCACGAACAUUUGCAAACUUGCGUUUGUCAGCUAGAUCCAGCGAUACAUAACGCAGAAUACACUCGAUCUCAGUCAUUGCAGCUAUUCACGGCAGUACUGGCCGUCUCCGCGAAAUUCUUUCGGCCGGAACUGUACGAACGACUGUUAGACAUGGCAAACAGCCUAGUUGGCCAGGCAAUCUAUGCCAACAUCUACGCCAUCGAGAUCGUUCAAGCGAUCUGUCUACUGCACUAUUGGAAGAAGCCUAUCGACAGCAGUGGAUGGUUACGUCUGGGACACGCAAUCCGACUGGCCUACCAGCUAGAUCUGCAUUUGCCUCGGAGGCAGGACUUUGACGAUAAUGAGCGACAGGCAAGAUUUCAAAUAGACCGUGAACGGACUUGGAUAUCUCUCUUCUGCUUUGACUCUACUAUGACAGAACUAUCUGAUCGCCCAUCUAUGAUGCACAAAGUGCCCGACGUUGCGGGAUGGCUUCGUAGUAUUCCUUACCCCUUGCCCUCGGAUGGACAGCUGGAAUUCGCCGUGAAAACCAGUGUUCUGAGCUCUGAAGUCCGACAGCUCCAGCAAUGUCGAGCUGAGUUUCCUCUGAUUCGGUCCGGAUUGAAGCGUAUAUCGGACGAGUUGGACAGGUCAUAUGACGCCCUCACUUCGCCAGAUUCUCCGGUUCAGCUCACAACGACAUCUCGAAGCAUUCUCAAAUUUAGUCGCUUGGCUCAGCAAUUGCUAAUUGAAUGUACCCUUCUGUCGUUUGCGCCGCGAGCCAAACGCAUCGGUCUACUCCACACUUGCAUCGCAACAAGCAUCGAGAUGCUUGACACGGUAGUCGAGGGGUUCGCCAAGAAGGGAGUGAUGCCAAUGAUUGAAGACGCCCACUCUGUCGCGGUUGCCUCUACCGUCGUGCGCUUGAUCCGCUUUUCAUCCUACAUUGAGCCCUCGGCGCGGUCAACAGUCAUGCGCAAACUCACCAGAGUUGUCGUCGUCUGUCGAGAAGCAGCUCGAGGCGAUCAAGGCUCACAUCCGGCGUACUUGGCCCGAUUUAUCCACGCCCUCAUUGACAAUGCGGAUCACUCCCGUCAUCCCUCCAGGGCGCCAACCCCUAGUGCCUUGCCUGAUCAGACCUUGGGCAGCGCUUUCUUGCCUUUGUCUUCCCAGUCGAUUAGCCCCGAGAACUGGCUGGAUGAUCUGAACAACAUUGUGACCCAGGAGCCUGCCCUUCUCUUGGAAGAACAACAGACUUUCUGGGAUGGCUUCCCGAUCCUCGCCGGUGCGAUGAAUACCGCACCACUGAUACCCGACUGGGAAUCGCUUCUGCAGAUAGAUCAGGGUCGAAACGAGUGGGCCACGAAUGAGCAUUGGAACGUCCAGUCACUGGGAUUACAACAAAACGCUCAAUUAUAAACCGCAUUGGUCGAUGAGGGGCGCUAAUACCUUGGGUCAAAUUUGUAUAGUCGGUUUUUAAUCAGACUUGGAGCAGAAUUGCUUUGGAUCAAUCCCAUACUCCAUGCAUAAUAGCCUGCGUUAUCCGAUGAUAUGUAUAGG